UGAUCAAUACAACUUGAAUUUUAUUCUUAGUUGUGGGUAAAGUUCUGAAAGUUGAAUAGGUUCUCUUCUCGUCCUCAAAGCAAGUCCCGUAUAUUUCUCUUCUUGUUUGAUAAAAGUGUUUAAGGGGUAAAAGUAAAUAGAAAUUUUUGUUUUAAAAGUUUCUUUUUUGUGUUUUUUAAAGCUCAGGUGUAAAUCAAAACGUUAUAAUUCAUAACAGCUAAACCUUAUUGAGUAUCUAUUUCUAUCUAAAUUUCGAAAAGAAAUUUGUGAAAAGCUCGUGCGCGCUCGUGAAGGCGCUGAAAUCAGAUCGUACUGAAUAGAAAAAAUGUUUGUGCCAAAAGCGCCUCCUUUUAGAAUUUUAGCGAACGGUGGAUUUUUUCUAUGCAUCUUCCAAAAAAAUUUAGCUCGACCAUUCUUCUCCAUCAAUCAAUUAACGAUGCGCAAUGCUUUGGCCGCAGUGCGGUUGUCAGAAGAGGUACUUUGGAAAGCAAGCAGUUAGCUUCAAUGCAGAGGCAGUUGGAGGAGUUGAGUGAAACUUUGCAGUUUCCUUCUUUGGGAGACACCGAAGUGCUGUUAGCGAAUCCUUCUCUGGUUGGUAGCUUGGUUAGUGACGAAUGUCACUCGAAACCAGGUACUUCGCCGUGUCGGCGAGAAGACUUUUUUGACCUUAGGAAGGAGGAUAGUGUUAAAAACUAUUCUCGAAAGCAUUUUGAAGACCACGCAGGAAACAAGCAAGAUAGAAUUAUUCCGAAAGAAGUUUGUUCUUUACCUUCUGCGUUGGACUCAUUAAACGAGAUUCUGACAGAGAAACUAUGGAGCAGAAACGUAAUACUGUUUCUUGAUUAUGAUGGUACACUUGCACCUAUAGUAGAUGACCCAGACAGAGCUUUCCUUCCUGAAGAAACGAAGACUGCCUUGCUGAAGCUAACAGAAUUGGGCAUACCAGUUGCAAUAGUUUCAGGACGAGCGAGGAGAAAAAUACAAAAUUUUGUUAAUAUUGAUACUUUAUAUUAUGCUGGCAGCCAUGGUUUCGACAUUUGUGGUCCUAAUGGUUACAUUGUACCUCAUCAGGUAGCAGGCGACACUUUACCUGUGCUUGGUGAAGCGGCCGAAAUAAUAAAGGAACAAAUAGUUCAAAAAUAUCCUGGCGCAUCAAUGGAGGAUAACAUUCUUUCGAAAACUCUUCAUUAUCGACGCUGUUCACCCAACAUCAUUCCUGAGCUUGAAAAGAAACUAGAUAAUAUACUUGACUGUUUUCCUCAACUGCAGAAGACGUAUGGAAAGUGUGUGUUUGAAAUUCGACCAAAAUUUGACUGGGAUAAAGGAAAGGCAGUUGAGUGGCUGCUGUCAGCACUAGCAAUGAAUAGCCCAGAUGUAGUUCCCAUCUAUAUUGGAGAUGAUAGAACGGAUGAAGAUGCAUUUCAGGUCGUUGUUAAGAAAGGAGUGGCAAUUAUUGUAGCAGAUGAGUCAGAAUAUGCCACUUUUGCCAAUUUUCGACUGAAAGACCCCAGUGAGGUUCGAAAGUUUUUGUUUCAGUUUUGGAUUUCAAAAGUACAGACAGUUGCAAGCAAAAUGAGUUGUGGAAAGUCUCUCAGUAACUGUCAGUCAUGUUAGUUGGGUACAAAUGCAUGGGUUAGUGUUAGGAUUUGUUCAUUCUUGCCUCGUGUGAAUUUAAUAUUGCAGAGCAAAUGCUCUCUGCGAAACUUCCAUGUUCAAAGCUAUGUUUGGUUA